AUGAGUCAACAACAGCAGCGCAUCAACUCCGUGGUCGGCGAGCGGAUCGCGGCCGUGGUCGACGACAUGCUGACGCGCUGUGCGCUGUUGCCGCACCUGUGCUCGGCCUGCGUUGUUCGCGACGACGCAAACGAGAGCGACGCAGAAAACGCACGCCCAGCGUCCAACACAUCCGAGUUUGCGUGGGACGGCGCAUCGCAGCUGAGCGAGGACACGCUGCAGAUGCUGCAGGCACACAGACGAACAGAGAAGACAUACGCCGCCGACACAGACAACCGCGAGCUCAGCAUUGCCGUGGAGGAGUCCACCCGCAAGCUCAUGCACCACCUCAGCAAGCGGCCGCACGAGGCGCAGGCGCUGCGGCAGCGGCCGGUGCACCUGCCGGAAUCGUUCAAGACACUCACGCAGCGGCUGCAGCAGCUCCGCGAUGUGCUCUACCUCAAACUCACAACCAACGUCGAGGAUGAGCGCAGCCAGCAGGAGAAGGUCAACAAGCUUCGCGCCAACGAGAAGAAGAACAUUGCGACCCUCAAGUCGCUGGAGACGAAAUUGCGGCAGGCGCAGCGCGAGCAUCACCAGGAGACCGAGCGGAGAGACGCCAUCAUCGCAGACCUCGAGGAUGAUUUGGACUUUAUCGCUCACAGCGCCGCAGAACACAGCAGGCAAACCCUGCGCGAGGCCAGGCGCAAGCAAGACCAUCACGAGCACACGAUGAACACGGACGGCAAACAGCUCAACGAGCAGCUGGACAAGCUGGAAAAGGAGCUUGCGAGCAUGAGGAAGAAGCACAAGGACGAGGAAACAAAGCUGCGCAAGCGAAAGCUGAAGCUGCAGGCGCAGAUAGAGGGGUGGAUCAUGAAGUACGACCAGGACAUGGGCGAGAAGCAACGCGAACUCGACGGUAUUCAGCAGCAAUAUGGCGCAGAGUCGAAGCAGCUGCAGGAGCUGGAGGAACGGUUCAACGUGCUUGAGAUUGAGUACAAUCGCAUUAUGGAGGAGAGGCGAGCGGAGCGCGAGUACAAGCAGCAGGCGGAGGAAGAGAUGCAGAAGAUGAUACGCGCUGCCCUGCUCAUCCAGUCCUGUUGGAAGGCAUACAAGUCCCGCAAGGCCGCACGAAAGGCGGCUGCCAAGAAGAACAAGAAGAAGGGAAAGAAGAAGAAGUAA